CCUUGGGUCAGUCAGUCAGUCAGCACACGCCGGAGGAGGCUGACGCUCACACCAGACGCUCCCUUCCUCACUCACUCGCUCAACAAGACACAGCAGCUCUGGCACCGCUCUCUGUCUCUGUCUCUCCUCCGCGGGGCCUUCAGAAGAGUGCCUGAGGGUGCCAAAAGGUGCCUCCUUCUUCUGGUACUCCUUCUGCGCCGCCUCCGUCUCUUCCUGUUGUUUGUUUGUUGCAGGUCGUGUUGUGUGCUUCUUACUUGCUGCGUGGCGCCUUCAGGAUGUCUGGGCCACGCUUCCUCCUGCUGUGCCUGGCCGCCCUCGCUCUAUCUUCAGGCGCAGGUGUGGCAAAGACGCUGGAUGCUGAUGUGAAUGAGAUAACCUCCUCGUCUCUCAAAGCCUCCGCUAGAAACUUCCUGGUGCAGCUCCUGCAGGCGGGGAGCGACAUGUCUCUGAGCUCCGUGGCGAGGGCCCUGAGUGAGGAGGGGGUCUUCGCCAAGCAGGUGAAGAGUCUCCUGAAGAAGCAGCUCCCUAACAUGAAGGACGUCGCAGGAGGUCUCGGUGUCAGUCCGGAUCUCCUGCAGCACUUCCUGAAGCUGGCGAGGAAGGUGAGGAGGCUAGGGGAGCACACGCCGGUGAGCGAGAAAGCCGGGGCGCAGGCUGUGCUGGAGACCGUGCUGGAUUACCUGGGAGGCGAUGACGAAGAUGAGGGUGAGGCUGAGGGUGAGGGAGAGGAGGCGUCUGACAAGGAGGGCAGCGAGGACAUCCAGGGGCAGCUGCUUCACUUGGCCAAGGGAAUGUUCGAGCAGCGCUUCGGAAAUCUGAGCUCCAUCAAGGCCUCGGCCAACGCCACGCAGGCUGCCAGGGUGGGGCUGUGGGAGGUGGUGCGGUCGACGUGGGCGCGCGUGCUGUCCUACGUGGAGGAGCAGAACUCGCUGGAGUCCUUCCUGCAGCGCACGCCCGUCAGGAUCAUUGACCGCGCGCUGAGUCUCGGCGACGACCUCAACCUGGCCUCCUUCCUCGCCAAGAAGCUCGACCCGGAGUUCGCGGCGUUCCUGGCGGCCAGGGCGGAGCCGCUGCUGGGCCCGCUGCGCGACGCCGACUCGCUCGCCAACCUGACCCAGGCGGCGGGGCUCAGCGCCGCGCUGGACUACUUCACGUCUGAGCGGUUCACCAACACGGUGGCCGCCAUGUCGCGCUUUGUGUCCGCCUACCUGGAGGACUCCGUGUCCGAGGACGUGGUGAACCAGUACAUCGACUUUAUCUCCUUCAGCAACCCCGAGCUGAACCACUUCUACCGCGCCGUGCUCAACACCACCGCCAACGCCAAGCAGGACGCGCAGGACGCCGCCGCCCCGCAGAGGCGCCGCCGCGACGUGCUGAGGGACAUCGCCAGCAUCUAUCGCUACGAGAACGAGGCGGUGCGGCAGGAGGCAGACCAGAGCCCCGCCGAAGCCACAAACCCGUCCUCCCGGCAGAUGCAGCACCGCUACGGCGUGUCCUCCCUCGGCGCGGCCUCCGCCCUCUACGACCCCUCCAGGGACGGCUACGGCUACGGCGGCGGCGGCGGCGGCUACGGCGGCGGCUACGGCGGCGGCUACGGCAUGAACAUGAACACGCUGGACCCCUACGUAGUGCUGGGCUCCCUGGCGCUGGGCACCAUCCUGGGCUUCCUGCUCUUCCGCGCCCUCAGGGGCACCGGCGGUGGCAGGCGCGACAUCGGGGACGGCUCCCUCUCCCUUUGGCAAUCUGACCAGCCCUUCGGAGGCGGCAGCCGCGCCCUGCGGGCUGAGCGCGCAGCCCCCUCCGGCAGGAGGGGCCUGACGCUGCCGGCUUCCCUCCGCGGUGAUGUGUGGUCGUCGGCGCCGCUGGUGGACGAUGAGACCUCGACAGGCCUACCGCUGGACGAGGACGACGUGGCGGACCACCUCAACCAGCUGUGGCGGGCACACCGCGGCAACGACUCGUCCACCUGCGUGAGGAGCCGCCUGUGCAGCCAGCUGGCGGGGCCCGGGGCCGCGCACGCCGGCCUGGCGCUGUUGCUGUCGUCGACGGGCAGCCUGCUGGGCGUGGCGCAGCCAGGCCAGCUGCUGGAUGACGUGGCGGGCAGCCUGGCGAUGGGCAGCACUUACUCCUGCCCCUCCUUGGCCUGCCGGACCAUAUAGGAUCCUCCUGCCACGAGACGCGGCGCCGCCAAUACGCAAGCCCCAGACGCCGCCAGCCGCGAGGGGCCUGUGUGCAGGUAACACAGUUUCCGGGGAAGAGUCACGCCCCGCCCCUCUUGUCUCGCUCGGCAGCCCCGAGCCGAUGAACUGUUUCCCGCCUGUCAUUAACCAAUGCGAGGCUGUGACACUGUGACGCCCGCCGUGCCUUCCUCCAGCCGCCUCUUGCUCCCCUCCACACCCACCCUCUCGCCAGCCUGGAUCACGGGGCGAGUCGCGCGCGCACACACACACACACACACACACACACACACACACACACACACACACACACACACACACACACACACACACACACACACACACACACACACACACACACACACACACACACCACCUAACUAGUACUACUACCGCUGCCAUUCAAUUACCGUUACUUAACAAGGUACAAGAACUGUAAGUAUAACUAUACAACAGCAACAACAACCACAACAUCAACAAAAUUACCACCGCCACCACCGACAACAACAACAAUAAUUUUUAAUCUGUGGGUGCACAAUCAAGACAACGUUAACGACUGGAGACACCACCACCACCACCACCACCACCACCACCACAGCCACCACAGCCACCACAGCCACCACCGCCACACCAGUAACUGAACAUCCCCACAGGAACACUCAACACCAAAGAUUUUAUUGUUAUUUUAUUGUUCACAUAUUAUUAGGCAUUUAUUUAUUUAUUUAUGAUUCCUGAGAGUAAUAUUUUCAGUUAUCGUUGACUUUUAUUGAUCACCUUUUCGUUUUAUUUAUCAAGUUUUUUCUAAGCUAAUAUUUUUUUCCUUUUAUUUAUCAUCAGUGUUAUUAUGAUUUCAUAUUUUCUUUUAUUUAUUAUUUUUGUUCUUCGUUUCUCAUUCACCUAAAUUAUCUAUCAAGUAUUUUCUAUUUUCUAUUAUCAAACUUAUCACUGUUUCUUAUUUUCCUUAUCUUUUUCUUU